AUGGCCUUUUCCACCUCCUUGGCCAAUAAAAAGGGCGAUAUGUUGUCUUACUUUGACAAAAUGCCACAGUUACCUGUCCCUGAUUUGAACGAUUCCGCUGCUUUGUAUUUGCAAUCAAUCAAACCUUUGGUCUCCUCUGAAGAACACUACAAGUCAAUUGAAUCAAAACUAAAAGACUUUAUCAAGCCAAAUGGCCAAGGUCAAAUCUUGCAAAAGAGACUAGAAGACAAAUCAGCCGAUCCAAAAACACAAAACUGGCUAUCUGAAUGGUGGGACAAUGAUGCCUAUUUAGCCUACAGAGAUCCUGUUAUCCCUUAUGUUUCCUAUUUCUUUUCUCACGCUGAAAAUGUUUUGCCUGCUUUCCUUGAGAAAAACCAGUUGAAAAAGGCCUCGCUAUUAAUCUCCUCCAUCAUAGAUUUCAAAGAACAAGUCGACAACGAAACCUUGCCCCCAGAAUUAAUCAGAGGCCAGUUUGCCUUCUGCAUGGCAAGUUUCAAAUUCAUGUUCAACAAUUGUAGAAUUCCUGAAAAACCAAGCGACACCACUGCUGUUUACGAUCCUUUGGACUUGAAAAAUCAAUUUUUGAUUGUCAUUAAAAACAACCGUUUUUACAAAUUAUACCACCAUGACAAAAAUAACAAAAAAUUAUCAAACUUGCAAAUCUUAAACCAAUUGAACCAAAUUUACUUUGACGCAACUUCCAAAAGCAACGGCAUAAAACAAAAAUCAAUCGGCUCUCUAACCACUCUUGAUAGAGACUCUUGGACUGAUGCUUACAAAGAAUUGAAAAACUACACUCCUGUCAAUAACAACUCCCUUGAAGAAAUCCACAAAUCUUCUUUUGUUCUAUGUCUCGAUGACUACUCUCCAUUAUCCUUGGAAGAAAGAUCAAGAUACGCAUGGCACGGUGAUGGAAGAAACAGAUUCUUUGAUAAACCUCUUCAAUUCUUUGUUGCCUCAAAUGGUCAAUCCGGUUUCUUGGGUGAACAUUCAAAGAUGGAUGGUACCCCAACCCUACAAUUGAACAACUAUAUUGGCGAUCAAUUCAAAAAAAUCUCCCAAAAUGCAAUUGACCCAUUCAACCCAUCAACUCAAGAUUCUUCUCUCGAUUCUUUAAUUCAACAACCAACUGAAUUAAAAUUCGACAUCUCUCCCUCAAUCGCUUCUCAAAUUGAUUCUGCUGAAAAGAGUUUUGAUGCCUUGCUAGGCAACCACGACUUGAAAGUCUGGAGAUACCCAGGCUACGGUAAAUCUCUUAUCAAAAAAUUCAAAUCUUCACCUGACGCCUUUGUCCAAAUGUUAAUACAAUUAGCUUACUACAAAUACACUGGCGAAGUUAAACCAACAUAUGAAUCUGCUUCAACCAGAAAAUACAAAUGGGGCAGAACUGAAACUAAUAGAACCGUUAGUGAAGCCUCCAAAAAAUUUGUUGAAACUUGGUGCAAUAAACAAUCUUUUGUUUCCAAUAAAGAUAAAGCUGCUGCCUUCUAUGAUGCAAUCAAUUCUCAAAAUUCAUACAUCAAAUUGGCCUCAGAUGGUUUAGGUUGUGACCGUCAUAUUUAUGGUUUGAAAAAAAGCAUCUUGCCAGGUGAAGAACCUCAUCAAUUUCUUAAAGACCAAAUGACUUCAUACUCCUCUUCUUGGUUCCUUUCAACUUCUCAAUUAUCUUCUGAAUAUUUCAAUGGUUAUGGCUGGAGUCAAGUUCAUGACUUGGGUUUCGGUUUGGCUUAUAUGAUCAACAAUGAGUGGUUGAAUAUCAACAUUGUUUGCAAAAAGGAUAACCCAACCGGCUUGAAUGUUCAACACAUGUACUAUUACUUAACUCUUGCUGCUGAUGAAUUAAAACAAGUUUUAACUGAAGUUAAUGCUGAACCUGUUAAACCAAAAUUAUAA